AUGAAUAAAAGAGCAAAUAAGGCCAAUGCUACCGAUGAUGUUAUUAAUACUAACGCUGUCAAUGCUGAAAAAGCCUCCAGUCCAAACUCCAUCGUCAAAAAGGCAAGAUCAGUAUUAGAGUAUUGCUUCGAUAAAAACCCAUUCCCCAGACUCCAUCGAGAAAGACAUCAUCGCCUUCCAAUUAGGUUUAACCCACACUCAAGUCGUUACAUGUUUUCUAAAAAUACCAACGAGUUAAACUUUUUCUUCCACAAUUAUCGAUAUCCCACCGAAGAGAAUAUUUUAUACUUUGCAUUAAUCUAUGGUGUUACCAUAGAAAAGAUCCGAAUAUGGUUCUUGUCUAAAAGUUACGGCAUGAAAAAAACACAAGCUUCCAAUGGUAAUGGUUUAAUUGAUGAAGAUUUUUACGAUAUUAGCAAUCAUAUGGUUACAGAAGAUGAAAAUAUACCAAAAAGUGUUAAAGCUUUUAAUCAUAGAGCUUUCACUAUUGACACCAUCUCAGAAUCCAAAUUGAGAGAUCUUUUAAUCAAAAGAAGAAGAGUUCUAAAAUCCUAUUCUUUAGAGUUUCUUCUUAACAAAAAAAGAAAUCAAGAUGGAACAAGUGCUUUUUUAAAUAAUGAUGAUACUACUGCUACCACCGCCACUACUACUACUACUACUACUCCUGCCACUGCCGCAGCAAAGAAGAGAGCUACAGGAACUCCAAUUCAAUCCAACAAUAAUGUUUGUUUAUUCAAUAAUGUUAUUAUCAAUGAUAAUGAUAAUAUGAAUAAUAUGAAUAAUAUGAAUAAUAUGAAUAAUAAUAACAACUCUAAUUAUUCAUUCAAUAAUACCACUCAUAAUAUAAAUUUUAAUUUAAAUAAUAAUAAUAAUAAUAUGAAUAAUAAUAAUAAUAAUAUGAAUAAUAACAGAGUCUUUAGCACAAAUAUUCCAUCCAAUAGUAUUGACAAUCCAAACAAAAAAUUAUCAAUUGGUUUUUUAGUCAAUAACUAA